UCCAGAUCAUAAAAUCUAAGGACACAGGAGACAUCCACAACCCGCUAAAAGUCGACCACACAUGACCCAUCCCUUCAAAAAAUCUCUCUCUCGCUCUCUCCCUCGCGUGCCAAUUUAACAACUUCCCAGAAAGGAACCCACAAUUCUGCGACUGCCACUGAAGUGUUUUGAGGCAAUUUCUGCAUACCCUUUUGGUUCUCUGAUUGUAGGAGAGAUGGCAUGUGCAUCACAGGCAAUGAUAUCGGCAAACACAUGCACAUUCACUUCCCCGCGGUUCUUCAAGAAAUGUCUGUCCUUAAAUCGGCAAAAUUUGAAGCUUUUCACAGUUAGAGCUUCCUCUGAUGACCCCGAUUGCAAUGAUGAAGAAUGUGCUCCUGAUAAGGAGGUAGGCAAGGUGAGCGUGGAAUGGUUGGCUGGGGAGAAAACCAGAGUUGUUGGAACAUUCCCACCGCGAACUCGUGGUUGGACUGGAUAUGUUGAGAAGGAUACUGCAGGGCAGACAAAUAUCUACUCUGUAGAGCCAACAGUAUAUGUAGCGGAAAGUGCAAUAAGCUCAGGAACUGCAGGUUCUUCUUCCGAUGGAGCUGAAAACACAAAAGCCAUUUCUGCUUUCCUUGCGUUGAUAGCUGUGGCUGCAGCUUCAUCGAUUCUCAUCCAAGUUGGUAAGACCCCAACUGCAAUGGAACCAGUUGAAUACUCUGGACCUUCUCUCAGUUACUAUAUCAGCAAGUUCAAACCACCAGAAAUAGUCCAAGCUGCAGUGCCAAGCCAAGCUGAACCCUCCCCAUCAACACAGCCAGAAAACUCUGCUUCGGAAGUUCCCCAGAUACAGGUUGAAUCUCAAUUGCAGCCAGCGCCUUCCACUCCAAGUGAGAACAGUAUUUCUUAGGCUAAUUAUGUUGGCUUAAUUUCUUGAACUUUAGAAUAUUGAAGAUUUGAUUUUCCUUCUAUACCACUAUACAUUGUAUAAAACACAAGAUGAAGGGAAACUUGGUUUUGAUUGAGCUGAAAGACACACACUUGAUAUGUUGUAUGUUAAAAGUUUUCUUGAAUUGCUAUAUUCAUUGUCUACUUUGAAUUGA